AUCUUUUCGCUCGAUCGAUCGGAUUGGCAUUGGGCUCAUCUCCGGCCUCCUCUCUCUCUCUCUCUCUCAUGCCGCAUGUAUUUAACAGCCAUCAGCUAGCUAGCCUUGCCCGUUGCUUGCUCUUCCAUGGCUGGCUGCACACUCUGCUCGACUGCUCUUGUGUGACUCUGCGUGAUUCUAGCUACCUGGUAAGCAAUUUUGCAGCAGUAUCAGCUGGCAGCUGCUACAACAGUCUACCACCGGCGAAGCAGCGAGAUGUUGGGGAGGAUCGCUGCUGGGGCGGUCGCCGAGCGGCGCGACGCCUCGUUGGAUCGCACGGGCACCGCCGCCGUCUCGGCGGCGUCUCCCUGGUUGGCGCCGCCUCCUCCCAAGCUGUUCGUGGCUGACGGUGGCGUCUCCGGCGGGUCGUCGCCGGUAGCAGCGGAGGCCGCCAUCAUGAGCCCCACCUCCACCCUGCACCUGCAGGCGGCCGUCGGCAGCCCCACGUCUCCGGCGGCCACGGCCGCCCCGUUCUCCCGUCACGGGGCGAGCUCACCGUCAUCAUCAGGCGGCGGCGAUAAUCGCCGGUGCAAGAGCAAGAGCCGCCGCCAGGGCCACCGCCCUGCCUGGGAGGCGGCGAGGCCAGCCGGGCUCGGCCUCGCCGGCGCCCUGAACGACGGCGACGCCGUCCCGCCCGCAGCGACGGUCCUGACAGGGCGGAGCUUCCGGAGCGCUAGCCCCGCGUCCACCGCCGCCGACCGCGUGGCGCGCUCCACCGCCUCCUCGCAAGGCCGGCGGCGCCUGAUGAUGUCGCCGGGUGAGAUGGAGGCGUCGGAGGACUACACCCGCGUCAUCGCCCGCGGGGGGGCGAACCUGAGGACGAUGCACAUAUUCGACGGCUGCGGCGGGUUCCCGGUGGCGGUGGGAGCCACCAGCGGCGAGGGCGAUGGGUUCCUGAGGUGGUGCCACGGCUGCAGCAAGGAUCUUGGGCAGGGCAAGGACAUCUUCAUGUACAGGGGCGAGAUGGCCUUCUGCAGCCACGAGUGCCGGUACCGCGAGAUGCUGCUCUUCGACGAAUAAUCCUGACGCAACAACAGCGACACUCAGCUUCAGAUGCUGGUCUUGAUCAGAAGAAGCGAUCCAUCGAUCAUGCUGAGUUCAUGCUUCGCUGCAAUUUUAUUUGCUAGCUACUAGCUAGUUUUAAUUCCGACCGUCAGAUGUAGUGUAGGCGUGUAGCGUUCGUUCUGAGCCCGCUAGAUGGUCGUUUUGGUAGCCGCUCCGAUCCUUGUAGACGAGCUGCCUGAUCGGCCCUGAUCUGAUGCAUGCAACUGUUGUGUUCCACCACUAAAGCAACUGGAAACGUGUCUGGAUAACAGAAACAGGGCUGCAGCUCAAGCAUCUAUGCCCCUCCGACUGAAAUCGAUCGAUGUGCCACAUCACAAGCAAAUCACCUUGUACCUAAAUUUGGUUUAUCGAUCAGAAAGGCUACGGUCCUUACGGUGC